AGGAUGAUAUAAAAGUACCUAAAAUGCUGUGUAAGUCAGCUGACUGACAGGUAUGGCUGAUCAACAAGGCACAACUCCCCCGCCUCCGUACGAGUACCCGGCCGGACCGUACCAGGCUGGAACAGCCCCACCUCCUGAGCUUCAGGAGUAUCCAACACAAGUGUAUGCUCCAGGAUACGGGACUGAUCAGUCUGUUUCAUAUCCUGCUCAACAGUACCCAGUUCAACAGUACCCUGCCAGCCCUGGGUAUGGAAACAAAGAGAAGACGCCCUUGGUGGGCCCACCGCCCCACGGAGUAGUUCAACAGAACACAAUAAUAAUACCAGCACAGAAUAUAGUUUGGGGUAGGCACCCCAUACAGACCGUCUGUAUUAACUGUCAAAAUACCAUCCUCACGGAGAUCAACUAUAUUACAGGUACGUUCACAUGGCUAAUAGGUGGUAUAAUAAUCUUGAUUGGAGGCUGGUUCAUGUGCUGUAUCAUACCCUUCUUUGCUGACUCUUGUAAGGACGUUGAACACAAGUGCCCACAUUGCCACAUGCACAUCCACACGUGGAACAGACUUUGAUUUGUACAAGUGGAUUGUACUGAGUGAUCUAGCGUUUUAAUAGUGUGAUGUGAUUGUAUGGAACAUCUUUUGUUAAUACUUAAUUUAACUGAACUUUAAAGUUUAAUAAAAAAAUUUAAUAGCUUUCAAUAUAUUUCCUGAUUUGAAUUGUAUGUGUUCUGAUUUUCAAACAAACGAUAGCACUGAUGGACAAAUGAUAGUUUAGUUGACAAAUGCUAGUUUUUAACCGAUGAAUGUUAGUUUUUUGACAAAAACAAUCAAUGUGAGAUUUCUUUAGAUUUAAUUGUUGCAAAAUUAGAAUAACAAACAA